UCAUCACGUGGCCGGAUGUAUUUCGGCGGAGAAACAGGAAGCGCUACAGCAGGGAGAGAGAGAGAGAGGGGAGGUGGAGUGGGGCGCUUGAAUGAAACUGGCAGGCCGUGAAAACGCUGCCAUCUCCCAAAUCAGGACCGCACCGGCCGAGGCUGGGAUGUGGGUGGCACAAUGAGCGUGAAAGCUUUUGAGCUGGUUCCCGCCGUGGCGCGGGAGCAGGUGAUGGGCGAGAAAGUGCGGAUAAACAUCGAAUGCGUAGAGUGCUGUGGCAAACACCUGUACCUGGGCACCAAUGACUGCUUCAUCCAUCACUUCAUACUAGAGGAGCACACGACAGCCAAAGGUAAGCUGGCUUACAAUACCCAGAAGCUCCUCCACAAAUACCUAGGCCUGAAAAAGCCAGUGGCAGAGCUGAAGGCCGCCUCUGCUUUGGAACGUCUAAUCGUCCUCUGUGAUUCAACCAUCACUGUUGUGGACAUGGUUACCCUGGAGCCUGUGCCCUUCGGGGGCACUAAACUCAAAGGUGUGACUGCGUUUUGCAUCAACGAGAAUCCGGUGACGGGGGACCCGUUCUGUGUGGAAAUGGCAGUGGUUUUCGCACGCAGGCGGGCUGUCCAGAUCUGUACGGUCCAUGAGGACAGAGUGCAAAUGUUAAAGGAAGUGACCACACCAGAGCAGCCCUGUGCCCUGAGCCUGGACGGGUACAAUAUCUGUCUGGCGCUGUCCACACAGUACAUGAUUCUGAACUACAGCACAGGAGCUUCUCAGGACCUGUUCCCUUACGACUGUGAAGAGAGGAAACCCAUUGUUAAGAGGAUCGGCCGGGAAGAGUUUCUCCUGGCUGCCCCAGGCGGGCUUGGGAUGUUUGCUAACGCUGAAGGCAUAUCUCAGCGUGCUCCGGUGAGCUGGUCAGAGAGCGUGAUUGCGGCGGCUGUGUGUUUCCCGUAUGUGGUCGCGUUGGAUGAAGGUUUUGUGACUGUUCACAGCAUGUUGGACCAGCAGCUCAAACAGACGCUGUCAUUCAGAGAUGGACACCUUCUGCAGGAUUUUGAAGGUAAGGUGGUGUUGGCCUCAUCAAAAGCGGUGUAUAUGCUGGUGCCUCUCCCUCUGGAGCGUCAGAUCCAAGACCUGUUGGCGAGCCAUCGAGUUGAAGAGGCCCUGACCCUCACCGAGGCGGCACAGAGAAACAUUCCCAAAGAAAAAUAUCAGAUAUUGCACAAAAGAAUUCUCCAACAAGCAGGAUUCAUCCAAUUUGGCCAGCUUCAGUUUUUAGAAGCAAAAGAGCAUUUUAGGAAGGGACAGCUGGACGUACGGGAGCUGAUCUCUCUUUACCCGCUGCUCCUGCCCGCUUCUUCCUCUUUCACACGGUGCCAUCCACCACUCCAUGAAUUUGCUGACCUGAACCACCUGACGCAGGGGGACCAGGAGAAGGUACAGCGCUUCAAACGUUUUCUCAUUAGCUACCUACACGAGGUGCGCAGCAGCGACAGCGCUAAUGGUUUCCGUGAAGACGUAGAUACGGCAUUGCUGAAGCUGUAUGCAGAGACCGGCCACGAGAGUCUUCUGGACCUGCUGGCCUCGGAUAAUGCCUGUCUCCUGGCAGACAGCGCCCCCUGGCUCGAGAAGCAUCACAAGUAUUACGCUCUUGGGCUUCUAUAUCACUACAACGGUCAGGACUCUGCUGCUUUACAGAUGUGGGUUAAGAUUGUCAACGGAGAUCUCCAAGACUCAACACGACCGGAUCUGUUUGAAUAUGUCGUGGAUUUUCUUAGUUUCUGCACCAAACUUGACCUCGUGUGGCGGCAUGCGGACUGGGCGCUACAGAAAGAUCAAAAGAUUGGUGUCCAGAUCUUCACCAAAAGGCCUACCUCAGAGGAGAAGAUAGGGCAGUUAAACCCAGAUGACGUGAUUACGUAUUUGCAGAAGCACAGUCAAGCCCUUCUGCUCUACCUGGAACACCUGGUGCUUGAGAAGAGAUUGCAGAAAGAGAAGUAUCACACACAUCUGGCCGUGCUGUAUGCAGACAAAGUCCUGGGCCUGAUAUCACGAUCAUCAGCCAAUGAGGAACAACUGUCUGCUGCCCGCCAGAAACUACAACGGUUGCUGAAAGAGUCCAAUCUCUACAGAGUCCAGCUAUUACUAGGUAAAGUUCAGGACUCUGAGCUGCUGCUACAUGAGCGAGCUACACUACAUGGGAAGUUAGAGGAACAUGACAAGGCCUUGCACAUUCUAGUGCACCAGCUCAAAGACUCUCCUGCGGCUGAGGAAUACUGCUCCUGGGCCUCUGCAUCUCAGGACCGGUCCUUCCGUCAGAACCUUUUCCACCAACUCUUGAGCGUUUACUUGGACCCGGAUUACCAGGAGGGGCACAAGACAAUAGCUGCAGUCGACCUGCUUAACCGACAUGCUGAAGAUUUUGAUGCGGUGCGUGUGUUAAAGCUCCUCCCAGAGGAGUGGUCUCUACCGUUACUCCGUCCUUUCCUGUGUGGGGCGCUGAGGGCUAGUGUUCAUGCACGUUGCACUUCCCAGGUUGCAGUGGGGCUGGCCCGGGCACAAAACCUUCAGCUUCAAGCAUGACAGGCUGAAGUAUCGAGGCGGUCCAGUGUUAGUGUCUGAAAAGAAGGGAUGCCAGCUGUGCCACAAUACCUUCAGUGAGCCAGACUGCGCCUGCUUGCCCGGUGGAACGCCGGUCCACAUUCACUGUGUCGCCAAGAAAGCCCGGGACUUCCCAAUAGAGCGCCAGCAUGAAAACGCCCACCACAGCAACCACACAUGAAGCUGAUCAGUGCUGUGGGGCAGGAGACACAUGCUGUACCGCACGCGUGAGAAGGCUGAGCGCAUCGGAGCCCAUGCGAGAGCACUUGAUGCGAACGGGACCUGAGGGAGUCGGGCAUCAAAUACGUGUUUUGGCAAUUGAGAUGCUAUUUAUUCCAUACACACAACACUGACAAUGAAUAUGAACAUUUUAAUGAACGUCAAACUAAAAUCCAAAAAAACCUGACAUUGUCUGCUGGUUGAUCUUUUUAGCAUUGCCUUAUGAUGACUGGUCCAGUGGAUUGUCUUCGCUUUUAAAUGGGUGGUAUCCAUGGUAACUAUUAUUUGCAAACCAUUUGAGGUCAAAAUAUCAGUGUCUCGACCAUCUGUUCCCUGUGAGUGGAAUUAUCAAAAAUUGGUUCAUGCAAUUUCAACCGGUCGAUAGUUUUCAUUAAACACCAAAGUUACUUGCUCUGUUCUCAGAGAGUGACGGGUUAUGGCCUUAAGUGAUUGCGUCGUGAUUCUUUUAAUAUAAGGGAGAAAUGCUUAAAAAGAAAAAUGAUUUUGAAUAUGGUUUGUGGUCAUCAUAGCUCGUUUAAACUCGUUAUUUUCUGAGAUAAAAGGGAAGAUUUUCCAGAAUUCCCUUGUUCAUCUUCUGGCUACAAGUCCGAUCUGGAGUGUAAAAUUCUGCAAUGAAAGUCUAUGAUUAAUUGGCACAACCCAAGAGAAAUAUUCUUGUUUCUCUCUCCCUCUUUCCCAAGCUUGAUUUGGCUUUUCCUUCAAAGUCAAGUUUAAGAUGCAAAGUGAUAUUUAGUCAAACGGUAACCAUAUGAAACAAACCGAUGGACUCAGGCUGUGUUUGUGUACAUGUUAUAAUGAAAUGCUAAAGUUGCUUAUUACAUCCAAAAUGUUUUUUCUCAUAUGCAUGUGGUGAUGUGGAUACGAGUCAUCAUGUCUUACUGCUAAGCUGUGAUUUUAAAGAUCAAAACAUAUUUUAACAUGAUCAAUUACGUUGUGUGGUUUUUAGGGAAGCACGGUAGCAGAGGGUUUCGCUUGAGAAUAAUCUCUAACCUUAUAUUUGAAAUAUUUUCUCUGUGAAAGUGGGAUUUUAAAGGGGGAAUAAGUGAAGGGGGGGGAAAAAAAGCACAUAAUAAACACUGCCUACUUAAUAAAUACUAAAAAUGACCUCUGCUAUAGCCAGGGAAUGGUAUGGAUUACUAGUUGCCUUGAGAUGCUUUUACAGAAACGGUUUAACAAGUGAAACUAUUACAUUUAUUAUAGUGGUCAUUGGCUGCAGGGAUAAUGCGAAGUUGUAUCCAAACAAAAUUGUCCCAUAGUUACACAUUAUUUAAAUACUGUUGCACACAAUAUCUUAGGUUGUGGAUCCAGUCUUGAAAUGCCGGUGUAGGGAAGUUUAUGUGCGCCGUUUGGUCUUUGCUUUGAUUUGCUGAUGCGUUUCUCCCAGAAAAAGUUCCAUUCGUCAUCCGUGCAACCAGAUCGUUCCUCCUCCUCCUCGUCUGUCUGAAGUGAGACUAUGAACUUUUUCAGCUUGAGCAUCUAAAUGGAAACCCUCUACAUUGCUACGUCUCUUUAUAUCCACUUAAAGUAUUUUAUACAUAUAAAUAUACAUGGAUACUGGUGUGUACAUACUGUAUUAAUUACUGUUUGUUGCUUUGUAAAUCAAUGGCAGUGUAGGUGGAAUGUACAGAAUGUAAAGACGUCCAUUUUAAUAAAUGAUUAUGCCUACAUGAA